AGCAUGCAAGCGGUUCACACGCAGCAGCCGCAGCAAGAGGAAAGAUGCAGAAGCACAGCCAGAAGGAGCACCUCUACAAGCUGCUUGUGAUUGGGGACCUGGGAGUGGGCAAAACCAGCAUCAUCAAACGCUAUGUCCACCAGAACUUCUCCCCCCACUACCGGGCCACCAUCGGGGUAGACUUCGCCUUGAAGGUGCUCAGCUGGGAUGCUGAGACAGUGGUGCGGCUGCAGCUCUGGGACAUUGCUGGUCAGGAAAGGUUUGGAAACAUGACCAGAGUCUAUUACAGAGAGGCCAUGGGCGCGUUUAUAGUCUUUGAUGUUACAAGACCUGCAACAUUUGAAGCAGUAACAAAAUGGAAAGAGGAUUUGGACUCUAAGCUGGUUCUUCCUAAUGGCAAACCUGUGCCGACAGUCCUCUUAGCAAACAAAUGCGACCAGGGAAUAGAAGUUCUUAUGAACAACGGCAUCAAGAUGGAUCAGUUCUGCAAAGAGAACGGGUUCGUGGGCUGGUUUGAAACGUCAGCCAAGGAAAAUAUAAACAUCAAUGAAGCUUCCAGAUGUUUAGUGAAACACAUAAUUGCUAGUGAGAGUGAUCCAGUUCAGUCUAUUGAACCAGAUAUUAUAAAACCACACUUGAAUUCCUCCAAGAUUGUCAGCUGUUCGGCUUGUUUUAAAUCCUAAGAGACUUCCAGACCAUUACAAGAGUUGAACAAAUAUGAUUCACAGUGUAUGCUUUAUCCAACGUAUCCAGUCCGCCCAGAUUGUCCAUAAGCACAUUGCAUUUUUCUAAAAAUUAUGGUGGUUAUUUUUUUUGAUAAUUUUGGACAGCUAAAAUUUAUUGUGAGCUAUUCAUUGGUAGAAAUCAUUCAAAAUUGUAUUUGGCUGCCGAUCAGACAAACACAGGGUGAGGACUGGGCUUCCUGACUGCGUAGCAUUGCCACCAGUAAUAUCCAAACCUGUAUCAUCUUUGCAAUGAUGUGAUGUGUGAAAGUUCUCAUUUACAGUGUGACUGAAGCAAUAUACCACUUAUCCGUCACUCCUCCAACCCUUCGUUUGGAGUUCUGUCACAGAUCAUUCUGUGCCCAGAUCUGGCAACCAUCAUCAUUACAUUGUCUUUUUACCCUUCAUGAUUGAAUGAUCUGGUUUCAAAUGAGGAAGAUGAUGAUGAUGAUAAAAAUAUACCUGUUCAGAAAGAGGCAGCAAGAAUGGUCAUUGUGAAACAUUUACCUUACGGGUUUAGCCUUGUGGAGGGAGUGGUGGAGUUCAGCACAGAGUGACCUUUCACAUUGUUCAGCGUUCCAGAAGAUCCCAACCUGUGAGCCGAACCCCGAUGUAGAUCUUAGUGUGUUUUGCUGCUUCUUUCUGAAGAGUCAUAUUCUUACUGUUGUCAUCGUUGUCUUCAGAUGAAGCAAGAUCAGCUACAUCAAUCAAGGGUGAGGGGUGGAAAAACAGGGAAAGAGGAGUUCAGUCUCACAGGUGAAGCAGCUGAGAGCUUUCAAAAAGGUUAUCUGUUCCUGUAAGUCAAUAUCUCUUCCAAAUCUUAGUGAGUUUGUUUCAGCCUUUGCACCCUGCUUGACACAUAUAUUGUCCCUGCAUUUCUAAACUAUGGGUAUUCCGUAAAUUCCUGAAUGCAUCUGUCUCAAAACAUUGAUUCUCAUGGGAAAAAUGGCUUCACUAUCCAUCAUAAUGCUAACUGUUGAGGUUUGCAGGAAUGCAUGCUUGUCAAAUACCAGGGUAUGGCUGUCUUUGCUUUCUGAAAACAUUCUUCUAAAAAAUACAAUUGCAUGAAUCAUCAUAGAAAGCAAAAUCAAACAGUCUUUGGAAGAAACGCUCCUGGAAUAUAUUUGCAGAAUUUGUUGAUCUAUACUGUGGAAAUGCAAUGGUUGUUUUCAGCAUUUCACAAAAUAUGAAGGUUGGUGAAGUCAUUCCAAGUCUGUCUAGACAAGAAGUGUUGGCAUGUGGCUGCAAGUCCCUGCAAGACAAGCUUUGCCUGUCUCCUGCUAUAGGACUAUAGACCAAUCACUUCCAUUUUCUUGUUCCCAGCCUUUUCCUUCGUAAGCCGUGAACUUGCAGUGUUAGGAACUGUCUUGGGUUUCUGUCUUUAGAGAUGUGUAAUCCGGCAGAGGCAAGGGGGCAGAACAGGACUUGCAGACGUCACUGCAAUUUUCCACUGGAUCUUAGUUGGAAAUGAAAGGGUAAAGCUCUCAAAGGCUAGUAAAUAGGCACUGGCUAGGAAAAACAAAACAAAACAAAAUAGGGCGGCCUUAUCCUUUGAGACCUAUGGAGUUCACGCGUCAAGUUUAGUCUAUUACUAAAAAUCAUCUAUUAAUAUUAAAUCAUCUACUAAUAUAUAUCCACUACAAAGAACCAGAGGCAGAGAUAUAGUCUGUUACAUGCUCUGUCUAAAGCCUUAAACUGUAAAUAUGCUUUUGUCACAGAAUUUUAGAGAAAGAAAGCAAGAGUUGUGCUUUUAAAAAUAAAAAGCAGAUCAAGAAUUAAGCCAUAGUCACACAGAGGUGGAUGCAUAUAUACAUAUAUAUGUACACACACACACACGCGGGCGCGCGCGCGUGCGUAUAUAUAAGAUGGCUUUUUUCAGGGAGAGAGAUUUUCAAGUUGUCUUGAUUGCAGUGUCAUCCUCUAACACAGGCUCCUGCUGUCAUAUCGGUCAAAUAAUUUAACCUUUCUGCCUCAGUUUCCUCAUCUGUUAAAUAGGGAUUGAUGUACACACCUACCUCACAGGACUCCUUGAAAGUUACUAUUGGCACGGUGGUUUGAAGAUACAUGUUAUACAAAUGCCAAGCUCUAUUACUGUUCAGAAUGAAAUAUGAGUGCCCUCUAGCAUGAAUACAUGGUGCUGUAGUGCCUUAAUAUUUUAGAUCUAUCCAAGGCUUGUCUGUGCUGCAACAAUUAGCUUCAGUUAUUCCACCUCAGUUGACUUAGUUCAGGUUAAAAAGCGAUGUGUGACUGUGUAGGCUUAUUAGAUUAGCUGCAGAUGAGUUACAAACAUAAACUGGGGCUGCACUGAUGUCAUGCUACUAGUUUAAUAAUCUCAGCAGCAAAGCUUCAGUGCAGACCUAGUGCCAGGUCAGCUAUUUCAAAUUUAAAGCAUUAUUUAAGUCAAGUGGUAUGGAUGCUUUAUCAAGGGCAACACUUAAUUUAUACUUUGAGCCAGCAUUGUGGGGAUCACAAGAAUAUAGACAUUUAGAUGAUUUUUAAAGGGCUAAGUUUCAUGAGCUGAAUCUUAAACCAUGCUUUAUAAAACUGGAUGCUUCAGGUAGAGCAGAGGAAGUUGUCGUUUCUUCCAAAAAUUAGUAUGCACUCAACUUGCACCAAAUAUAGCAGAUAUUCAUGAGUUUUAGUUAUCUUCAGAUCAUUUGUCUUUGAUGGUUUCCAGUCAACAUUCAUUAAACAUACUGAUAACUUCUACUCACAAAUGUCUCUACAAGAACUAUGGCCAAAGUCUUGGGAUAACAAUAAUUAAAAAGAAACAUAAAUAAAACUCUUCAAGGACACUUAGGGUUUUUUCUUCAAUGUGUUGUAAAACUUCCUUUAAAAUACAAAGUCAUCAUCUGUUCUCCGUAUUUCUGUUGGGUCUUCUUUCACUACAGUAAAGAUUUUGAGCCUGAUUUUCCACCAGAUGGCAGAUAGGGCAGUCUAGAAGACUAAGGAUUGUACGAGGUGUAAAGAUCUGAAAUCAAACAUAUUCACACCAUAAGAAUUAGAAGAGUAUCACUGAGAAUUAGGCUUUGGUGGAAGGUUGCACAAUUCCAAAUGUUCAAAUUUAUUUGUACUGAAGUGAUAAGAAUCUGUCAAGUAUCUUGCUAUAAUACAAUAAAUGCGUGAAAGCCACUUGUGUAUCCAGUAAACAGAGCGUCUUCGUGAAGGGAUUGUCGUAGGCAGUCCAGAAUGAAGCUUUAAUUUAAAAUUAAUGAGCACAAUUUGUGCUGAAACCCUUUCAGGAACAAAUGUAAAAUUUAAUUACACUGUAUCAGUCCCUAAUAAGUUGGAUUUCCUUAUAUUUCAUGGUUACAUUCCAUACUACCUUUGGUGGUCAUUAGGGGCCAGGUGCUUUCACUGCAGAGCCAUUUUGACCUGAAACAUUUCCCUCUUCUGCUUAAAAUGUAUAAUACAAGGCAUGAGUCUCUAUGGCCUUCCUUGUUGGGAAAGAUACCGCAAGGUGCAUUUAGAAUUCUUCAUCACCCCAGCCCUCCACAAAAUCCUCUCUGCGGUGUCCCAGCACCCCGGGCCACCGGCUGACGCACACGUGAGGCGCCAGGCAGCGAGGGACCAGUUCUAAACACUCAGCAAACGGUGUCUGAACAUCUCCGCUCCAAGGCUCCCUUUACCAACUCAGCCACGCCACCAGCCGUGACAGGGACGUCUGUUUUACUUUUCAUCUCUGAUGCCCCAAACAAACAAAAUUUGAUAGUCUUAAGCUCCUUGGAAAGCAUGUGAAUAUUAUUGACUUCCCUUUUCAGACAGGAAAACUGUUGGAAUGGAAGGUAAAUUCUGCUCUGUUAUGCCAGAAAGGUCAUAAUUUAUUUGAUCAGCUUGAGAUUUCAGCGGAAAGCCAUUUGGACUCUGUUCUUCUUAUACAAUAGAUUUUGGUUUAUAAAUUUCAUUGACCUUUUCUAUUCAGGAAUCAGCUAGUUCCCAACAGUACCUUGUCUAUGAAACCUGGCUUGUUGGACAUCAAUAUUUUGUUUUCGGAAUCUUUUUUUUUCCUUCUAUUUUAACCUGCCUGACCAUUUAAAGGGGGGAGAGAGGGAGAAAGGGCAUGCUUAAACAGCAGUUUUAUUUUUACUUCUUAAAGCAGCUUGUGAAGCCGGAUGAAGUGAAAUUGAUUGAUAAAUACAUGUGAGAAAUGCAAUUUUAUGUCAAUUACCGGUAAACAGUCAAAGAAAAUACUGCACCAGUAUUUAUGCAAGUGACCAAAUGUUCUGCAGUAAUAAAAAGAUCUUUCUGAUGAAACAUAAAA